CGUAGAACCAUAUUCACGACAAAUCAACCUCUUUACGCUCUGAUAUGAGCGUUCAAUUUAUUAUUUAAAACAAAAAUGAGUGAAUAUAAAAUUCGAGUGACUACUGUAGAUCAGAAAGUGGGAAUUUUUCAGGUUGCGCGAAACAAAACAGUUUUGGAUUUGAAAAAUAUUAUUGCGCCUACCUUUGAAACAUCCGUUGAUCGCCUAAAAUUGAUUUAUGCUGGACGAGUUUUACGGAAUGAAACAAUUCUUUCUGAUAUCUUGAAUGAUGUUACUGAUCUGGUAACCUUUCACCUUGUUAUAAGCAUACUUAACAACACGCCGCUGUCGUCGAGUGCACCUGUUGGACGGACAUUUUCACAGUUGGCUCCAGUUCCUAGACCGCUGAACGCUUCUCCUUCUUCUUCUGCUCUUCCACCACGAACAAUAACCAGUCUGAAUCCAGAUGAGCUGUCUCAGCGUGAGCGAGCUCAACAUUUAGUGUCAAAUUAUCAACGUUUAGGAAGGACAGCUGGAAUUCAUGGCAUCUUCCCAAAUAUGAUUCAACGUAUUGAAAGCAGUGGCCUAACAGCAUCUGGUUCACCCAUAACCCAAAGUCAAGACAGUAAUCCAAACUAUGAACCUUCUUCUAAUGACUCCUCUAGAAAUCCUUUUAUGCAACCUCCAGGCUCUCAACAACAAACUCCCACUCCCAACCCAACUACAACGACUACGACCUCCGUAACUUCUGUUCCCAAUGGCAACGUUACCAUGGUUGUUUCGUCAAGUGUACAGGGACGAACCCAACCUCCUCACAUACCUCAUUUAAACUCUAUCUCAAAUCCUAUUCCAAAUGUCUUACCUUCCCCUCCUUUCCAUCAGAAUAAUGGAGUAAGCGUGCCCCAGGCAUCUGGAAGCCAUGCCAUUCCCUCUUCCCAGGAGAAUUUCCGACAGCCUACGAGUAUUAACAACUUUUUACAAAGCAAUCCUCUUCAUGGACCUCCGUUUGUUCGCGACUUUUCCUCACCUUCAGUUAGUAAUUCAAAUAUCCCUCAGAGACAACCCAACGAAAAUCCAAGACUUCCCUCAAUGGUUUCCGGUUCACACAUGGGUUCCCCUAACUUCUCUUUUAUGAAUGAUAAUUCUCUUCCAGCUGGCGGUUCUGCUGCGGAUGCACCUCAGUUACUAUCGACAUACUAUCAACCUGUAUUGUAUAACGGAUCUUUUUACUUACAACAGCUUCCAUUUACCUCUUCAUUCCCUCCUUUACCAUAUCAACCUUUAGGAUUAGGAGCUCCUCCUGUUCUUUCACCAUAUGGUAUUAUACAGAAUCAACAAACAGGCGAGUGUGCAUACUUGUUGUCUCCAACUUCUGAUCAUUCUUCUUUACAAGCUCAACCAAUGGCUUUGCAAAGCUUGAGAAGGUUCCAACGAUUCACCUCUAGUGUUUUAUCCCCUUUUACCCAUACUUACGAAAAUAUAAGAAGACAUUUCCGUUUAUUUAUUCGUCUAGCUCUUUUCUGUGCCUGGGCUACUUAUAAUGAUUCUUUACCGCAGACCAUGCUACUAACGUCCAUAAUGGCUUUUGUUUUUCUUUUGCAAACUGGUGCACUUAACCCGGUUUUUAAUGAAAAUCAAACUUUCCAAGCAGUCUUGGAGUAUAUCAGAAAUGUGCAGAAUGAAUAUCGCCAACGCCGCAGUCGAAGCAACCCUGAGAUUGUUGAAGUCCCGAAUGCCGCGCCAAGCGAAAAUCAAGAAGACGUAGCUUCAGAAGCUCAGCGAAGAAGAACGGAUACAGAAACUACUCGAGCUCAAAGAUUUUUUAGAUCUGCAAGGGAUAGUAUUAUUGCUUUCGCUUCAAGCUUUGUCCCAAGAAGCUAAUUUUAAAUAUUCUAGUAAGACAGUACCAACCAAUAAUUAUUAAUAUAUUAGACUUGAAAUGUACGAACUUGUAGUACACCUGUUAUCUCAAUAAAUUAAACUAUAAGACACUAAUUUCUUAAAGUCAACUUUAAAA